AUGAAGUUUCUAAUACUCGUUGUCGUGGUAGCCUCCACUUAUGGAAUACCUCAGGGCUACCAACUGCAUGAUGGUGAUGGGUUUCCCACAGGUCCAGGAGAGCCUUUUGGAGAAGAUUCGCACAAGGAGGCAUUUCCAGGAGGGAAUGUUGGCCCUGUCGGUGGUUGCAAGGCAGGAGAAAUCUUUCAUGUAGAUGGAACUUGCGCAACUCCUAUAAUUACCAGAAAAGUAUACUUGUACGAUGCCCCUGAGAUCCCAGCAGGACCCAUUGGGCCGCCACCAAGCGUACCGCCACCGAAGGUAGAUCGCAAUGUCUUCUUAGUAAGCCUUCCUGAAAAGGCUCCACCACUUGAACCUAUUAUUGUUCCUCCACCAAGGCAGACAAGCAUCGUCUAUGUCCUGAACAAGAAGGAGGAAGAGGUUCCAAAGGUAAUCGAGGUCGAAGCUCCUCCAGCGUCCAAACCUGAAGUCUAUUUCGUCAACUACCAGGAAGGAGAAAACCCAACUCUUCCCAUAGGGGUUGACCUCGAGACUGCCCUCAGUGUUGCCGCAGAAGCUGGAGAAGUUCUUGGAGUAGCUGGAGGAUUUGGAGAUGCCCCAGAUGGAUUUGAUGAUGGCCUGGGUGGUGGCACAGGAUUCGGUAGUGAUGGUCUAGCAGGCGAUGGCGGUUUUGUAGGUGGAGCUGUCAAUGGAUUUGUUGGUAAUAAUGGUGGCGCCUUUGGAUCUACAGGCUUUGGAGGUAAUGGCGGGCUUGGCAGUGCCGGAGGAGGAUUAGGUAAUGGAUUUAUCGUUGCUGGAAUAAGUGAAGAUUUUGGUGGCACUGAUGGAGGCUUAGGUUCGCAGACUCCAUCAGGACUGUAUUCCGGGCCUUAA